CGGCGGGCGGGCGGGCAGUCAGCGGCCGGGGCGCGAUGGAGGCGCCGGCCGAGCUGCUGGCCGCGCUGCCCGCGCUGGCCACCGUGCUAGCGCUGCUGCUCGCCUGGCUGCUGGUGCGACGCGGAGGGGCCGCGGGCCCGGAGCCGGCGCCCCCCAAACCUGCAGCCCCGGCCGAGGCCAGCGGGGCGCGCGCGCCGCCGGACCCCUGCGCCGAGGAGCCAGCGGGACCGGGACAGCCCGAGGGCUCGGAGGAGCCCGCGGGGCCCGGGGAGCCCCCGGCGGCGUCGGCCGAGGCGGAGGAGCUGGAGGCGGAGGCAAGGCAGGAAGAGGAGCAGGACUCGGACAGCGAGAAGGACCCGCCGCCCGCGGGGCCGGAGGAGGAGGACGGAGAGGCCUUCUCCUUUAAGUACAGCCCGGGCCAGCUGAGAGGAAACCAGUACAAGAAGAUGAUGACCAAAGAAGAACUGGAGGAGGAGCAGAGAGUCCAGAAGGAGCAGCUGGCUGCCAUCUUCAAGCUCAUGAAGGACCACAAGGAGACGUUCGGCGAGAUGGCCGACGGUGACGUGCAGGAGCAGCUCCGGCUCUAUGACAUGUAGCUCCGUCGCCCGGCAAGACUGGACACUGGCCGCCCUGCCCCCGCCCCCACGCCGCCACGGCCCGCGACCCCCGCCCUUGGGACGUCCCAGACGUCCGCGGGCCUCACCCCUCACCCACACAGAUGCAGGCGUGUGUGAUAGAGGGGUUCGCCCAGCGCGCAAUAGAUGUGUCAUUUUAGAGGGGUCCACGCUGCGCUCCUCACGCUUGGGCCCCCCACGCCGGGCAGGUCGGCUUGGGCUUGCUGGUGAGGCUCUGGCUGGGCCGCAGGCUGAGGUCAGCUGACCCAGACCCUGUCUCUCUGCAGACCCGUGGCUGGUGCCUAGUAGGGCUGACUUAAGGGUUUGGUGCCGGACCCCCCGCACGUGGAGGGAGUUGAGGGGGCUUUGGGGAAGGCUGUUAGCAGGUCUUGAUACUGCUGUGUCUAGUUACAUUAUACUUUUAUUCUGCCUUCAAAGGAUUUCUGGAAGCUUCUAUCCCAGCAGGGAAAUAAACAGCAAGAAAUCA